AGAAGUUAUCUAACCGUUUCCCCGAGGCCGGACGUUUUCACCGGAUCCAUUCAGACAUGCUGCUUCGGAAAGUCACACUGACCCCGGCUCUGUGCAGCACAGUCCUGCUCCGGGGCUCGGCGAGUACCGGCUUUCAGCGCCCCUUUCUGUCCUGCCUGGUCCAGCAUGGCCGCCUCUAUGCUAGCCAGUCUGCAGAGGCUGUGUUGGAGAAGCCGGCUGCCAGUACUGACAGCGCCACCAGAACUAAGGUGGAGAAGGCGGCUGUCUCCUCGGAGUCCAAGUCGUUUGCCGUGAACAUGUUUCAAGGACAGAUCAACACUGCUCAGGUGUUUCCCUUUCCAUCUGUGAUGAACGAGGAGCAGACACAGUUUCUCCGGGAGCUGGUGGGACCGGUGUCCAAAUUCUUUGAGGAGGUGAACAACCCUGUGAAGAACGACAUGCUGGAGGAAAUUGAGGACAGCACCAUGGAAGGCCUUAAGGAGCUGGGGGCCUUUGGCCUGCAAGUGCCCACUGACUUGGGUGGUAUGGGCCUCACCAACACACAGUAUGCCCGGCUGGUGGAGAUUGUGGGCAUGCAUGACCUGGGCGUGGGCAUCACUCUGGGCGCUCACCAGUCCAUCGGCUUCAAGGGCAUCCUGCUGUUCGGCACCAAGGAGCAGAAGGAGAAGUACCUCCCCAAGCUUGCCACAGGGGAGACCAUCGCGGCCUUCUGCCUGACCGAGCCGGCCAGCGGCUCCGACGCGGCGUCCAUCAAGACCACCGCCGUGCGCAGCGCCUGUGGGAAAUACUACACUCUGACUGGAGGGAAGAUCUGGAUCAGUAAUGGCGGACUGGCGGAGAUCUUCACCGUGUUCGCCAAGACCCCGGUCAAGGAUGAGAGCACAGGCGAGACGAAGGACAAGAUCACGGCCUUCAUCGUGGAGAGGGCUUUCGGCGGUGUGACCCACGGCCCGCCGGAGAAGAAGAUGGGCAUCAAGGCGUCCAACACAGCGGAGGUCCACUUCGACGCAGUGCGGGUGCCGGCGGAGAACGUGCUGGGCGAGGUGGGCGGCGGCUUCAAGGUGGCCAUGAACAUCCUGAACAACGGCCGGUUCGGCAUGGCGGCUGCGCUCUCCGGCACCAUGAAGGGCGUCAUUGACAAGGCGGUGGACCAUGCAGCCAACAGGACUCAGUUUGGAAACAAGAUCCACAACUUCGGAGCCAUCCAGGAGAAAGUGGCGCGUAUGGCCAUGCUGCAGUAUGUCAGUGAGUCCAUGGCGUACAUGAUCAGCGCGAACAUGGACAUGGGGGCGUCCGAGUUCCAGAUUGAAGCAGCCAUCAGCAAGAUCUUUGCUUCUGAAGCAGCCUGGACCGUGACCGACGAGUGCAUUCAGGUCAUGGGUGGCAUGGGGUUCAUGAAGGACGCCGGGGUGGAGAGGGUGAUGAGGGACCUGCGCAUCUUCCGCAUCUUCGAGGGGACCAACGACAUCCUGCGGCUCUUCGUGGCGCUCAACGGCUUUCAGAACGCGGGAAACCAGCUGAAGGGGCUCCAGCGGGCUCUGAAGAAUCCCCUUGGGAAUGCCAGCUUCCUGGCAGGAGAGAUAACCAAGCGUGCCAAGAGGAAAGCCGGCCUGGGCACUGGGCUGUCUCUGCAGGGAGUGGUUCAUCCAGAGCUUUCCCAGAGCGGCGAUCUGCUGGUUAAGGCCAUCGAGCAGUUCGGGGGAACGAUAGAGGACCUGCUGCUGAAACACGGCAAGAAGAUCGUGGACGAGCAGUUUGUGCUGAAGAGAGUGGCGGACAGUGCCAUUGACCUGUAUGCCAUGGUUGUCGUUCUAUCCAGGGCAUCCCGCUCUCUGACUCAAGGUCACCCCUCGGCCCAGCAUGAGAAGGUGCUGUGUGAGACCUGGUGCUUCGAGGCAUAUGAGAGGAUCAUGCAGGACAUCAAGGUGCUGCGAUCAAGUUCCUCCAAGCAGAUCUUCAAAAACCUCCGCGCCAUCUCCACGGCGGUGGUGGAGAGCGGGGGCACCGUCUCCCCACACCCUCUGGGGUUCUAAGACAUCCUGAGACAUUUCCAGCCCCCCUCCCCCCUCCCUCCUCCUCCCCAUCCCCCCGACCCUUUCUCACAAGUGGCACAGCGCUCAUCCAAGUCACAGUCAGCUCGCUAGCCGGGGACGCUUUCAAAACCGACCUCCCAGCCACCGUGCUUGUAAAAGCACAGAGGGGUGCGUUCUGACAGGCAACAGCAGACAUCUCGGUUCAAGAAAGGGAAGCAAACAUUGCAAGUAAAGAUGCGCUUUGCAAAUUUGGCUGCAGUGUAUCUGUAGAAGGAAAAGAGUGGAAUACAUUGGCACAAGAACCAAACUAAAAGAAAGCUUCUGAAAGUGUCUGUUGUGGGCAUAGUCUUGUGUCUGUAGUUUGCUCUGAGAUAAAUAACCUUUAACUUUGCUUCUCCAAAAGAGGGGAGGAUUAUUUCAGGUUUCUCUGUAUGUUUGCAAAUUAAGUUUAAUUGCUCCUUUUAGCACUGGUUAUGGGUGAAGCGGAGACGAUUCAUAAGGGACUUGAAGAGCUGCCAUGGUGAAGAUAGCACUUGAAAUGCGUUUCCUGUCUUCUCUUUUUUUUCGUCUUCUGCUGGAGUUUUCUGAUAUCUCUUGGGCAGGUUUCGGAAACACCCUCAAGUUUACAAUCCACCUUUGAAUAUGAUUCAAUUUAUGUUUUUGUAACCUCUGAUCACUGCAAUACUAGGGGUUAAGGGGGUUAUAAAUGACUUAAUAGAUGUGUAGCUAGCAAGCAUCUAGAGCUCAAUCAGGCAUUAACAGUAUGGACAAGCAGUGAAUCAUUACCUGAGAUCUCUAUUCCUGCCUGGUUAUUACGUUUCAUAUUAGCAGAGCAUUAACGCAUGAAGAAUGACACAUUACUAAGAGUUUGGGAAUAACGUUUGCAGCCUCUGAUCUCUGUUGCUAACAGAGCUGCAGACCAGGGCAGCUGCUGAAACGGUUAAUUAGGUGAUUGGCUUUAACCGUUUUGCUGUUUUGUGCAGCGACCUUUCAUUUUCAGAAACGGCACAAGGGGAGAUACUAAGGGGAAGCUUAACGUGAGGGAAUUUCUGCUGCCUGCUUCUGCAUUUCCAGUGAAUCUGUGUCCUUUUUUUCUUUUCACUUUUCUAUUUCAGGAAUAUGUGACUGUUUUGGGGUGUGCACUUCUUUAAGCAGACAAGCUGUAACACACCAUGCAAAAAGGUCUCAACUUGAGUGUUUUUUCUGCCUUCUAAAGGGAAUCCAUGAAGCUGUCAGUGUUCAGUGUAAAAACUAGGAAAGCAGUUCUCUUUAGGAUUCUGUUGAAACCGAACACUGCCUUACCUUGUUUCUAUCAAAUGUGGUUUGUGAUUUGAAUGUAUCACCAGAGAUGAUGCCUCUAAACUAUCUGCGGAUAAAAUAUUUAAAUGCUUGCAUGUUUCUGUUUACUUAAAAGCCCAUUUAAGUGAAAAAAGGACUUAAUAGGCUUGUAAAAUAUGACACUGUGAUGCCUCUGCAGUCUGAUUGGAUGUCUCUCGUGAUCAAAUGUGGACCCAGAAUUCUUUUUAGGGCCGAUGAUUUUGACAGUGGGUCAUUCUGUGGCCAAGGAUAAUUGUUUUUAAUGUUCUGUAGUGGAUUGUUUUGGAAUGUCAAAAUGUCUCUCAUAUUUUUUGAAAACUGUUAAAUACUAUUUAUCAAAGACGUUUUGUGAAGGCAAGCACUUAUUGAGUUGGUGAUCACAAGAGCAUUACCAUUUUUAUGAAGGUCCAUUUUGUAAAUGCCUUCCUGCAAAUUUAUCAGUGCAACUUCUGAACUGCUGGCAUAAGACUGUUCUGACUGGUCACUUGACUGGAAAUUAAAAAACAAAUUUAUUAACAAAA